AUGCUCGCGACCAUUGUUUUCGCGCUUGCUCUGAGCAAAGCAUGCCUCGCGCAUGGCGACCACGGAGAUCACGGCCAGAAGCCCAUUGUUGACGAGAAUGCGAGCUGGAUGGCGAAGCACAUGGCCGAGGAACACCACGCCGACGACUUCGACGCGGGCUCCUUCUUCGUCCUGCACGACUACAACAGCGAUGGGCAGUGGGAGCCCGAGGAGAUUUUGAGGACAUAUGGUCUCUUUGACGAGUCAAACAAACAAGUCACGGAGGAUCGCAAGAAGGAAAUCGUCCGCGAGGUGCUGCGGCUGGCCGACAACAACAAGGACGGCGUCAUUAGCAAGGAUGAGUUUGAGAUCUUCAUGAUUGAGGGCGGCACGCUUCCAGACUUUGGUACGGGGCCUGGGCACCAUGGCGAUGACGAAUAUGAAUACGAGAUCCACCACUGGGAGCUCUAUCACGACGAGAACACCAAGCUGGAGGACCUGACACACCCAGAGGACAUCGAGCACUUCAAAAAGCACGAGGAGAUGGAGGACGAGCAGGACAGGAUCGAGGAGCUUAAGCACCGGCAGAUCGUUGAAGAGAACAUUCCCAACAAGUUCAGGAGAUCGAGCUGA